AUGGCGGACUUCCAGACGGACCUAUCGAAGAGGAUCGACGACGUGGAGGCUGCUCUCGGUGCCCGCUUUACCACCCUAGAGAACGCCCACAAGUUGUUCGACGAUUGGCGUCCCCGAGUGGAUGCGACCAUCGACGACUUUCGCGUCGAGCUAGGUGCGAUGCGCAAGACUAUGAAUCGAGUGGUUCCUGAUUCCAAGGCUGCUUCAUCGGCAGGCCUCCUCACCAAGACAAAGAUGGCUGCGGCGCCAACAUCCGCCGGUAACCCAGUCAUCGGCCCUAAUGGGCACCGCGUCGACAAACAUCACCGGGGGGCUGGGUUUCAAACCCGUCUCCCGGUCAAGGGUGUGCAAGCCAGGGUGCAUACAAUGAGUGCGGGUUUCAACAAGCAGAUAUUGGCUCAGAAGCUUUCGAAGCUUAAUAGCUCACAGCAGAGCAUAGAGACUUUAUCAAAUUGGUGUGUCUUUCAUCAUCGUUACUGCCAACAAGUUGUACAAACAUGGGAUUGCGAGUUCCAUGCAGCUCCUGUAGAGAGGAGGGUAUCUUUGCUGUACCUUGCAAAUGAUAUUAUGCAGAAUAGCAGAAAAGAAGGCAAUGGAUAUAUAACUGAAUUCAUGAGGGUCAUCCCUGCUGCCUUGAAUGAAGUGUUGACUGUCAGAGAUGAUUUUGGGCGGAAUGUCCCAAAAAGACUGAUUGACAUAUGGGAAGACCGUAAAAUAUUUGAUACUCAGGCACAAAGCCUCAAAGAUGACUUUUUCAGGAGGUUAAAGGACAUUAGAAACAAGUUGACAAAUAGGGGCAGUGAGCUGCUGGAGAAGGUUGUCUCUAGCUACAAACAUGUCCUGAAUGCUCCUAUGGAUGAGGAUACUCUGAUGCGGAAAUGCCAAGCAGCUCUUAUCAAUCUUGAUGAACUCAAUAAAACGUAUGGAAAUAACUCCGUUUUAGGUAGCAGCAAUCGAUCGGGCUUUAUGCAGGAGCUGCGGGAACAACAUAGCAUUCUCAGAAACUCCAUCGAACAACUCAAAAUGUCAGAAUCACUCAGGACCACUCUGAUUUCUCAUUUGAAGGAAGCGCUGAAUGAGCAGGAGCUCAAAGUGGAACAAGUCAGAAGCCAGCUUCAGGCAGCUCAGCCCCGAUUCAAGAGAGCUGCUGAGCUCUGCGUGGGGCUUGGAAGCAACAUGGAAAGGCAUCAGCCAUCAAAUCAAGGGCUUAAGAGGUCCAGCCUCUCUGAUCCACUUAGUACUGUUGCUCCAGAAGCUGCGAAAUCUCUUCAAAAGGGACAAUCAAGUGUAGUGUUGUAUUCAAAGGAGGGAAAUGGUGUUGAGCACAACGUGACAGAGACAAAGCUUGCUGCAGGUGCUGCUUCAGACAAUAUACGUGGUGGUGCUUUGCCUUCACGUGUCAAUGGGGGCAACACCAUUGUGAAAAUAGAAGAACACACUUCUGGUAACAAGAGGCAGAAGCUAGAGGACGACACACAUAUUUCUCAGCCUCAAUCACAGUCACCACCACCACCGCUGCCCCCAUUCCCUCAUCCUGAUGCAUUUAAACCACCACCACCACAGUAUCCUCCAUCACCAGAGCCUAGCCCGCCACCACUGCCGCCAAAUUCACCGCCGCCCCAUAUAAUCCCCCCACCGCCGCCGCCUCCGCCCACAAUGCGACCCCAAAUGAUCUCACAUCUACCACCUCCAGCUGGUACGUUUGUACCUUUUCCUGCUGGACCACCUGGUCCAAUGUAUUGCACUUACCCACCUUUUACUCCUGUGGUCAACUUUCCCAUGACCAGCCCACCUGGUUUCCCUAGUCCAAACCCGCCUCCACCUUUUCAAGGAUUAGCGGGUACAUUCUAUGGCCGUCAGUUCCCCACCCCACCCCCACCAGCAGACAGGAAAUAA